CUAUGUGCACUGGGAGCCCCAGCCCACACCAGAAGAGCCGAGUUCUCUCAACUGGAGACUUUGGCGCUCAAGUCCGGCUGCCAGCCCGCUGCAAUGCACGCAGAUCCUCGGCCCCGAAUCCCAGCCCCUGUCCUGGCCUUGGCUUUGACCUUGGCUAUGUUGGCAGAACCAGCAUCUGCAGCCUCCUUCUUCGGUGAGAACCACCUGGAGGUGUUAGUGGCCACAGUUCUGACCAACAUAGACCUACAGCUACAGUUCUCCACAUCCCAGCGUGAAGCCCUGCUUCUCCUGGCAGCAGGCCCAGCUGACCACCUCCUCCUGCAGCUCAAUUCUGGACGCCUGCAGGUCAGACUUGUCCUAGGCCGGGAGGAACUGAGGCUGCAGACCCCAUCAGAGAUGCUGCUGAGUGACUCCGUCCUCCACACAGUGGGGCUAAUGAUAUCAGAUGGCUGGGCCUGGUUGUCAGUAGAUGGGCUCCUCAACACUUCCACCCCAGUCGCAGGGGGGCCUCUGAAGGUCCCCUAUGGGCUCUUUGUGGGGGGCACUGGAAGCCUGGGCCUGCCCUACCUGAGGGGAACCAGCCGACCUCUGAGGGGUUGCCUCCAUGCAGCCACCCUCAAUGGCCACAGCCUCCUUCAGCCACUAACCCCAGAUGUGCAUGAGGGCUGUGCUGAAGAGUUUUCUGCUGGUGAUGAUGUGGCCCUGGGCUUCUCUGGGCCCCACUCACUGGCAGCCUUCCCUCCUUGGAGCACUCAGAAUGAAGGCACCCUGGAGUUUACACUCAUCACAAGGAGCCAGCAGGCACCCCUGGCCUUCCAGGCAGGCGGUCAGCGUGGGGACUUCAUCUACUUGGAUAUAUUUGAAGGCCACCUGCGAGCUGUGGUCGAGAAAGGCAAGGGCACUGUGUUGCUCCACAACAGUGUGCCUGUGGCCGAUGGACAGCCCCACGAGGUCAGUGUCCACAUGGAUGCUCACCAGCUGGAAAUCUCCGUGGAUCAGUACCCAACACGUACUUCCAACCGUGGGGUCCUCAGCUACCUGGAGCCACGUGGUAGUCUUCUCCUCGGGGGGCUAGAUGCAGAGGCCUCUCACCACCUCCAGGAACACCGCCUGGGCCUGGCCACGGGGGCUGUCAGUGUCUCCCUACUAGGCUGCAUGGAGGACCUCAGCAUCAAUGGCCAGAGGUGGGGGCUCCGGGAGGCGUGGCUGACUCGCAAUAUGGUGGCCGGCUGCAAGCCUGAGGAAGAUGAAUACGAAGAGGAUGCUUAUGGCCCCUAUGAAGUUUUCUCCACCCUGGCACCUGAAGUUUGGCCAGCCAUGGAGCUGCCUGAGCCCUGUGUGCCUGAAUCUGGGCUGCCUCCUAUCUUUGACAAUUUCACCCAACUGCUGACCAUCAGCCCCUUGGUAGUGGCCGAGGGUGGCACAGCCUGGCUUGAAUGGCGGCAUGUGCAACCCACCCUGGACCUGAGAGAGGCUGAACUGCGCAAAUCCCAGGUGCUGUUCAGUGUGAGCCGCGGGCCGCGACACGGCAAGCUAGAGCUGGACAUUCCGGGCGCGCGGACUCGGCAAAUGUUCACUCUCCUAGAUGUGGUGAACCGCAAGGCCCGCUUUGUCCACAAUGGCUCUGAGGACACCUCCGACCAACUGGUGCUGGAGGUGUCAGUGACAGCUCAGGGGCCCGUGCCCUCCUGCCUUCGAAGAGGCCAAACUUACAUUCUGCCCAUCCAGAUAAACCCUGUCAAUGACCCACCCCGUGUCAUCUUCCCACAUGGCAGCCUCAUGGUGAUCCUGGAACACACACAGAAGCCACUGGGGCCCGAGGUUUUCCAGGCCUAUGACCCAGACUCCCCCUGCGAGGACCUUACCUUCCAGCUCCUGGCUAGUGGCCCCGUGGAACGCCGAGACAAACCCGGGGAGCCAGCAACCGAGUUCUCCUGCCAGGAGCUUGAGGCAGGCAGCCUUGUCUAUGUCCACAGCGGCGGGCCUGCCCAGGACCUCAUCUUCCGGGUCAGCGAUGGGCUGCAGGCCAGCUCCCUGGCCACACUGAAGGUGGUGGCUAUCCGGCCAGCCAUUCAGAUCCGCCACAACACAGGGUUGCGCCUGGCCCAGGGCUCUGCUGCACUGGUCUUGCCCACCAACUUGUCAGUGGAGACAAAUGCUGUAGAGCAGGAUGUGAGUGUGCUAUUCCGAGUCACUGGAGCCCUGCAGUUCGGGGAGCUGCAGAAGCAGGGAUCAGGCGGGGCAGAGGGUGCAGAAUGGUGGGCCACACAGGCCUUUCACCAGCGGGACGUGGAACAGGGCCGCGUGAGGUACCUAAGCACUGACCCACAGCACCAUGCUGAGGACAUGGUAGAGAAACUGACCCUGGAGGUGCAGGUGGGUCAGGAGACCCUAAGCAAUCUGUCCUUCCCUGUGACAGUCCAGAGAGCCACCGUGUGGCUGCUGCGGCUGGAGCCACUGCACACUCAGAACACCCGGCAGGAGGCCCUUACCACAGCCCACUUGGAGGCCACCCUAGAGGAGGCAGGCCUGAGCCCCACCACUUUUCACUAUGAAGUGGUUCAGGCCCCCAGGAAAGGAAAUCUGCGACUCCAGGGCAUGCGGCUAUCAGAAGGUCAGGGCUUCACCCAAGAUGACCUUCAAGCUGGUAGGGUGACCUAUGGGGCCACAGCACGUGCCUCAGAGGUGGUCGAGGAUGUCUUCCAUUUCCGUGUCACAGCUCCGCCACACUUCUCCCCUCUCUACACCUUCCCCAUCCAUAUUGGUGGUGACCCAGAUGCUCCUGUCCUCACCAAUGUUCUCCUCUCAGUCCCUGAAGGUGGUGAGGCUAUCCUCUCCGCUGACCACCUCUUCAUCAAGAGUCUCAACAGUGCCAGCUAUCUCUAUGAGGUCAUGGAGUGGCCCCGCCAUGGGAGGUUGGCAUGGCAGGGGACACAAGACAAGACCAUCAUGGUGACAUCCUUUACUAAUGAGGACCUGCUGCAAGGCCGGCUGGUGUACCAGCAUGAUGACUCUGAGACCACAGAAGAUGACAUUCCAUUUGUAGCUACCCGCCAGGGGGAGGGCAGCGGUGGCAUGGCCUGGGAGGAGGUACGUGGUGUCUUCCGAGUGGCCAUCCAGCCCGUGAAUGACCACGCCCCCGUGCAGACCAUCAGCCGCAUCUUCCAUGUAGCCCGGGGUGGGCAGCGACUACUCACUACAGAUGACGUGGCCUUUAGCGAUGCCGACUCUGGCUUUACUGAUGCCCAACUGGUGCUGACCCGCAAGGACCUCCUCUUUGGCAGUAUUGUGGCUGUGGAUGACCCCAUGCGGCCCAUCUACCGCUUUACUCAGGAGGACCUCAGGAAGAAGCGAGUACUAUUCGUGCACUCCGGGGCUGACCGCGGCUGGAUCCAGCUACAGGUGUCUGAUGGGCAGCACCAGGCCACCACACUGCUUGAAGUGCAGGCUUCAGAGCCCUACCUCCGUGUGGCCAAUGACUCUAACCUCGUGGUCCCUCAAGGAGGCCAGGGCACCAUUGACACAGCUGUACUCCACCUGGACACCAACCUAGACAUCCGCAGUGGGGAUGAGGUUCACUAUCAUGUCACAGCUGGCCCACAAUGGGGGCAGCUGCUCCGGGCAGGCCAGCCAGCCACAGCCUUCUUUCAGCAGGAUCUGCUGAAUGGGGCCGUUCUCUACAGCCACAACGGCAGCCUCAGCCCCCAUGACACCCUGGCCUUGUCUGUAGAUGCAGGACCUAUGCACACGGAUGCCACCCUACAAGUGACCAUUGCCCUAGAAGGGCCACUGGCCCCACUGCACCUGGUCCAGCACAAGAAGGUCUAUGUCUUCCAGGGAGAGGCGGCUAAGAUCAGAAAGGAUCAGCUGGAGGCAGCCCAGGAGACAGUGCCACCUGCAGAGAUUGUGUUCUCAGUGAAGACCCCCCCAAGCGCUGGCUACCUGGUGAUGUUGUCUCAUGCCACCCCUGCAGCCGAGCCACCCAUCUUGGACCCCGUGCAGAGCUUCUCUCAGGAGGCCGUGGAUGCGGGCAGGGUCCUAUACCUGCAUUCCCGCCCUGAGUUCUGGAGUGAUACCUUCUCCCUGGAUGUGGCCUCAGGCCUGGGUGCUCCCCUCGAGGGUAUCCACAUGGAGCUGGAGGUGCUGCCCACCACCAUCCCACUGGAGGCACAGAACUUCAGUGUCCCUGAGGGUGGCACCUGCACCCUGGCCCCUCCGCUGCUCCGCAUCACUGGGCCCUACUUCCCCAUGCUGCCAGGCCUUGUCCUGCAGGUGUUAGAGUCACCCCGGCACGGGGCUCUGCGGAGAGAAGACGACGCUCAAAACAGGACCCUCAGCACCUUCUCCUGGAGAGAGGUGGAAGAACAGCUGAUCCACUAUGUUCAUGAUGGGAGCGAGACACGGACAGACAGCUUCAUCCUAGUGGCUAAUGCCUCAGAGAUGGACCGCCAGAGCCAUCCCGUAUCCUUUGCCAUCACCAUCCUGCCUGUCAACGACCAACCCCCUGUCCUCACCACAAACACAGGCCUGCAGAUGUGGGAGGGGGGCACUGUGCCCAUCCCUGUGGCAGCCCUUAAGGGCACAGACGGCGACUCAGAGCCCGAGGACCUGGUCUACACCAUCGAGCAGCCCAGCAAUGGACGAGUAGUGCUCCAGGCAACACUGGGCACCGAGGCCCACAGCUUCACACAGGCCCAGCUGGACAGUGGGCUUGUGCUGUUCUCACACAGAGGAGCCCUGGAUGGAGGCUUCCGCUUCAGCCUCUCUGAUGGCAAGCACACUUCCCCUGGACACUUCUUCCACGUGAUGGCCCAGAAGCAGCCACUCCUUUCCCUGGAGGGCAGCCGAACACUAACUGUCUGCCCAGGAUCUGUCCAGCCGCUUAGCAGCCAGAACCUGAGAGCCACCUCCAGCACAGACACUGACCCUCACCAUCUGCUCUAUUGGGUGGUGCAGGGCCCCCAGCUUGGCCGGCUGUUCCACACCCAGCAGGGCAGCACUGAGGAGGCCCUUAUGAACUUCACUCAGGCUGAGGUGUAUGCCGGGAAUGUUCUAUAUGAGCACAAGAUGCCUGCUGAGCCCUUCUGGGAGGCCCAUGACACUCUGAAGCUCCGUCUGGCCUCGCCUCCUGCCCCUGAUGUAGCCACCACCCUUGCUGUGGCUGUAUCUUUUGAGGCUGCCUGUCCCCAGCGCCCCAGCCGUCUCUGGAGGAACAAAGGUCUCUGGGUCUCCGAAGGCCAGCGAGCCAAAAUUACCAGGGCUGCCCUUGAUGCCUCCAACCUCCUGGCUAGUGUUUUGUCAUCCCAGCGCCCAGAGCAUGAUGUGCUGUUCCAGGUCACGCAGUUCCCUGCCUGGGGCCAGCUGCUGCUGUCUGAGGAGCCCCUCCAUGCUGGGCAGCCCCACUUCCUGCAGUCCCAGCUGGCCUCAGGGCAGCUGGUGUAUGCCCAUGGUGGCGGGGGCACUCAGCCAGAUGGCUUCCGCUUUCAUGCCCACCUCCAGGGGUCGGCAGGGGCCCCCUUGGCAGGACCCCAAACCUCAGAGGCCUUCACCAUCACGGUGCGAGAUGUGAAUGAGCGGCCACCUCUGCCACAGGCCUCCAUUCCACUUCGGCUCACCCGCGGCUCCCGCGCCUCAAUCUCCAGGGCCCAGCUGAGUGUGGUGGACCCAGACUCAGCUCCUGAGGAGAUCGAGUUCAAGGUGCAACGAGCACCCCACAAUGGCUUCCUGAGCCUGGCAGGGGCCAGUGCGGGCCCUGUGAGGCACUUCACCCAGGGCGAUGUGGAUGCAGGGCGGCUAGCCUUCGUGGCCAAUGGGAGCAGUGUGGCAGGCAUCUUCCAGCUGAGCGUGUCUGACGGGGCCAGUCCACCCCUGUCCAUGUCCCUGGCCGUGGAUGUCUUGCCAUCCACCAUUGAGGUGCAGCUGCAGGCACCCCUAGAGGUGCCCCAAGCCUUAGGGCACUCCUCACUGAGCCGGCAGCAGCUCCGGGUGGUUUCAGAUCAAGAGGAGCCAGACGCCACAUACCACCUCACCCAGGGGCCUCAGUAUGGGCAUCUCCUGGUGGGAGGGCAGCCAGCCACAGCCUUCAGCCAGGUCCAGGUAGACCAGGGUGAGGUGGUCUUUGCUUUCACCAACUUCUCCUCCUCUCACGACCACUUCAAUGUCCUGGCACUGGCCAGAGGUGCCAAUACAUCAGCCACAGUGAAUGUCACUGUGAGGGCUCUGCUGCAUGUGUGGGCAGGUGGGCCGUGGCCCCAGGGUGCCACCCUACGCCUGGACUCCACCAUCCUAGAUGCAGGUGAGUUGGCCAACCACACAGGCAGUGUACCCUGUUUCCGGCUCCUGGUAGGACCCCGGCAUGGCCGUGUGGUCCGUAUGCCCAGGGACGGCCAACCUGUGGAGCAGUUUACACAGCAGGACCUUGAGGAUGGAAGGCUUGGGCUGGAGGUAGGCAGGCCAGAAAGUAGGUCCCCUGGCCCCGCAAGUGACAGUCUCACUCUUGAGCUGUGGGCAAGAGGUGUCCCACCUGCUGUGGCCUCGCUGGACUUUGCCACUGAGCCUUACAAUGCGGCCCAGUCCUACAGCGUGGCCCUGCUCAGUCUCCCUGAGGCUGCUCAGACAGAAGCAGGGAGGCCAGAGAGCAGCCCUCCAACUGGUGAGCCACGGCCAACAGCCUCCAGCCCCGUGCCACCUGUGGCCACAGGGGGCUUCCUGGGCUUCCUCGAGGACAACAUGUUCAGUGUCAUCAUCCCCGUGUGCCUGGUCCUCCUGCUCCUGGCACUCAUCUUGCCCCUGCUCUUCUAUCUCCGGAAACGCAAUAAGACAGGCAAGCACCACGUCCAGGUGCUGACAGCCAAGCCCCGCAACGGCCUGGCCGGAGACGGAGACACGGAGACCUUCCGCAAGAUGGAGCCUGGCCAGACCAUCCCACUCACAGCUGUGCCUGGCCAGAGGCCCCCACUAGGGGGCCAUCAGGACCCAGAGCUUCUGCAGUUCUGCCGGACAUCCAACCCUGCCCUCAAAAAUGGCCAGUACUGGGUAUAAGGACUGUCCUUGGCCCAGACGCUGACAGGCCAGGGACAGGCUUGCUCAGGCCUAGGCCCCAUUGCCCCCAUGCCCUGGUACUGUCUGAGUGUCCACAGAGCCAGAAAGACCUGAGGACACCAGGGAUGGAGGGUGCUGGGAGGAAGUUUCAGGGAUCUGGGACAAAGUGGAGUCAGAAACUGGGAUCUCCCCAGCUCACUCCAUGCCUGGAGAACUACAAGGGGCCAAGGACAGAGGCAGGUUUGGGAGGUCAGUCCCCUGCCCUGAAGCUAGUUUAGGACCUAAACUUUAGGCUAUCAAAACCAGAGCAACCUCCUACAUGGGUCAGGACUCUGGGUACUGGGUCUGUGACAUUGGGUGAGUCACCCCUAACCUUCUUAAGGGCAAGGUGAAGAAAGGAAAGGGAGGGGCAGGCAGGGUUCCUAGGUGGUCCCUCCAAGUCAGGCCUCCCCUUGUCUCUGCCCCAGGGUUGAGAGAAAAAUGUUUCCCCCUGAUCUUUUAGGGAAAUGGUAUACCCUGGAGCGGAGGAAGAGAAAGCCUCUCCACCCUCUGGAAGGCAGAAGCCAAUAGAAUAUGUUCAGAGUGCAAGGUGGGCGGGUUGCUCUGGGGAUGGGUUUAUUUAAGGGAGAUUGCAAGGAAAGUAUUUAACAUGGUGCUGAGCUAGCCCAGAUUGAUGGAGUCCCUGGCCAUGUGGGAUGGAGGAGGGUCUGGGGCCAGUUCAUUUCCACCUGCAUGGGAUGAGGGCUAAGCAAGCAUGCAUGUGUGGCCCUGCAACAGGUUGGGCUGGGGAGCAUGCAGGGUCUGAGGCCAUGGACACUGUAAUGCCUGUGCUCCCCUGAGGACUACAGGGCAGGCAGUUUGGGACACUCGGCUCCAUGGGGCCUAGAUAAACGGUGCUUCAGAGGUUCUAGACCAGUGAUGGCGAACCUAUGACACGCAUGUCAGAGGUGACACGCGAACUCAUUUUUUGGGUUGAU